UUGGCCUGACGGGGUGUUUUGGUUUUUCUUUUUUUUUGGCUCCCCUCGUUGUCCUCUGACCGUUGAGCAUGUUUGUGAUCGGUCCUCUGUUUGGUAACUGAGCAGCACCAUUCACAUAAACAGGAGGAGAGCAGAUCGUCGUUGCUGGUGUGACGGACGGUGAGCGUGUGGGAAUGGCAGCUCCCCGGCCGAUAAAAGGCAUCCUGAAAAACAAGAACAGCGGAACACACGUCAAAUCGCAGCCCGACGAUGUCCAGGGGGAAAAUCUGGAACUACCGCCUGGACUGUCGGAAGAGGACCAGCACAAGAAGUCUCAGAAGUGGGAUGAGAUGAACAUCUUGGCCACGUAUCAUCCAGUUGACAAAGACUAUGGUCUAAUGAAGAUUGAUGAACCCAGCACGCCUUAUAACAGGAUGGUUGGGGAGGAUGAUGAGGAUGAGGGGGCGGUGAGUGACGCAGACGGCCACAGAUCACUUCCAGCUGAUGACCUGGCAUCAAAGCUGGUGGCAGCAGAGGGCUCAGAGCCUCGCUUCAUGAGGGAGGAUGAGGAGAGCAGUGAGGAGGAGGAGGAGGAAGAGGAGCUGACUCCUGAAGAACAAGCCAAAAAGAAGCAUUUUCAGAUGAUGAGGAAGAUGCACUACAAUGAGGGACUGAAUAUCAAGUUGGCACGGCAGCUCAUCGCCAGAGAACUAGAAGAGGAGGAGGAAGAUGGAGACGAAGAGAUGGGGGAGGACACAGAAGAUACGGAGGAGAUCAGUGUUGACCCGCCCCAGGACAGUAAGCAGAGUGACACUCUGGAUUCGUAGACAGGAGGUCUCUUUGAGAUCCAGCUCUGUUUCAGCGCAGUAUCCAGGUAGACAACAGCUGCUCUGCUCUGUUUCAGUGCUGGGCCCACAGCAGACAGUCUCACUGCUCGCGUCACAACCCUCAGCAGCCAGUAAUAUCGCAGUCACCUGUCUGUCUCAAUACUCCUUAAAACUUUGCAGUCACAGUUUCAGAAACACUGGUUUGAACUUCCCACAGUCAGCAGAGGCGAUGUCCGUGGGGCCCUCCCCUCCUCUGUUUUGCCUUCUUUUUGCCAAGAAUUGCCCCUACUGACUUGUCCAGACUUUUUUUUUUCUCCACUGAGGAGCCUGUGAUUCUGACCCUUAACGAAGGAUUAAAACUAUUGGAAAACCAGGACUCCACAGUUCCUCUAUGGGCCAGAGAACAUGGUAUGGCACUGAAACUGGGAACGUCCUGAACAGAGUGACUGCUGUGUUCGUUCUGGGUGCAAUGCAGGUGGCUUUGAUGUUUAUUUGCUUUUGCUUCUGGAUCCUACUGUCUCUGUUUACCAUCCCCACUUGUGGCUUACUCCAGUGUUUCUGUCCCAUGUUGGCUUAUUAGUGCAAUGUUAACCCCGGAGAUGGUACAAGACAACAUAGCCUACACAAUCUCAAUUCUACUGUUUAAAAAAAU